ACUCUCCACAUUUUCUCUCUAAAACCCUUCGGAGGGAAAGGCAAACCCCUAAGGCCUAAACCCCUUCCUCUCCGCCUCCCAGCCUGAAGCUCUGAGACGUGGGAAUCUAGGGAUUCCUGCUUUUUUUUUUUUCUUCUUACUGAGUUCUUUUUCUCUCGCUCCAAUGGCGUCAGCUGCUCUUAUGAACCAUAAUUCCAAGCGUCUGAUCGGCUUGUGUUCUCCUAUCUACUCAUGCUGUCGAGGAGCUUUUUCGCAUCCGUUGUCUGCUCCUGAAUCACUCCAUGGAAGUGAAAGAAUCUCGGAUUUCGGACCAUGGUGGAGAUCCAUGGCUACAUUUACGCGAACGAAACCUCAUGUAAAUGUGGGGACCAUUGGGCAUGUUGAUCACGGGAAAACCACACUUACUGCUGCCAUUACAAAGGUGCUAGCAGAAGAAGGAAAAGCCAAGGCUAUUGCAUUUGAUGAAAUUGACAAGGCUCCUGAGGAGAAAAAGAGGGGGAUUACUAUUGCCACGGCCCAUGUUGAGUAUGAAACUGCUAAACGGCACUAUGCUCAUGUGGAUUGUCCUGGACAUGCAGAUUAUGUUAAGAACAUGAUUACUGGAGCAGCUCAGAUGGAUGGGGGCAUUCUGGUUGUAUCUGCCCCUGAUGGACCCAUGCCACAAACCAAGGAACAUAUUCUGCUUGCUCGCCAGGUUGGCGUGCCAUCAUUGGUGUGUUUUCUAAAUAAGGUUGAUGCUGUUGAUGAUCCUGAGUUAUUGGAACUUGUAGAAAUGGAGCUCCGUGAGCUUCUAAGCUUUUACAAGUUCCCUGGGGAUGAAAUCCCAAUUGUUCGGGGUUCAGCCCUGUCCGCUUUACAGGGAACUAAUGAAGAAAUAGGGAAAAAAGCUAUUUUAAAAUUAAUGGAUGCUGUAGAUGAAUAUAUACCUGAUCCUGUUCGCCAACUUGACAAGCCUUUCCUAAUGCCAAUUGAGGACGUGUUCUCUAUCCAGGGGCGUGGAACAGUUGUGACCGGCCGUGUUGAGCAAGGGAUGAUCAAAACUGGAGAAGAUGUUGAAAUAUUGGGAUUAAUGCAGGGUGGUCCUCUGAAGACUACAGUCACUGGUGUAGAGAUGUUCAAGAAGAUCUUGGAUCAUGGGCAAGCUGGAGACAAUGUGGGCCUUCUUCUACGUGGUUUAAAGCGUGAAGAUGUACAGAGAGGACAGGUUGUGGCUAAGCCUGGUACUGUGAAAACGUCCAAGAGGUUUGAGGCAGAAAUAUAUGUUCUUACAAAGGAUGAAGGAGGUCGUCAUACUGCUUUCUUCUCAAAUUAUAGACCUCAAUUCUACAUGAGGACUGCAGAUAUUACUGGGAAGGUGGAAUUACCUGAAAGUGUUAAGAUGGUGAUGCCUGGUGAUAAUGUGACUGCAGUUUUUGAGUUGAUUUCACCUGUUCCGCUUGAAGCAGAUUGCCUAAAGAGCAUCCAUCAAAAGUUAGCUUGGUGGAGCCUCGGGCAGUCGAUCUAUGUGAGCAAAUGAAAGAGUAAUUGGACCCAACGUAGAGAUGUUGACUGCUUCUUACCAGGGAAUGAAAGGAAUUCCUUCUAAGAGCGUGUUAUAUAACUCUUGUAGGUAUCUGGUAAAAAAAAAAAUUGCUGUUAUGUUUGUCUGUGAAUAGUUGGGAAUUUUCUCCUUUAUUCCAAAAUAUAAGAUCUUGUCAUUAACUCCAUAGUAUCUCUCGUACUAGUUUCUGAUGUGUUCUAGUAUAGAAAAGAUGGGGUUAAUAGAACACAAUGCCCACAGGACAGAAACACAGAAAUCCAAGUCAAUACAGAAUAUGGCAGAAUA